AUGAGAAUAUUAAAAAAAUAUUUACCAAUUUUAUUGGUUUUAUGUUUAUCGGCCACAGUAUUAUCACAAAGUAGUGACUACUGUUCGGUGUUAAAAGAAGCAUUAACUUUUUAUAAAAUGAAUAGAGCUGGUCGUUUACCUGACAACGAUAUUCCAUGGAGAGGAGAUUCAGCACUAGCAGAUUCAAGUCCAAGUGGUAAAAAAGAUGCAAAUGGAGAUGGAGAUUUAAGUGGAGGCUAUUUUGAUGCUGGCGACGGUGUUAAAUUUGGACUUCCAAUGACUUACUCAAUGACAAUGUUAGGUUGGGCCUAUACCGAAUAUGAAAGUAAAAUUGACGGUUGUGGUUUAACUGGUUUAUUCCAAGAUACAAUUAAAUAUGGUACUGAUUGGAUUAUUGCUGCACACACUGGCGAUAAUGAAUUUGCUGCACAAGUUGGUGAUGGUAAUUUAGAUCAUUCAUAUUGGGGACCACCAGAAAAUAUGACCAUGGAAAGACCUACCUUUAUGAUUAGUGCAGACGAACCAGGCACUGAAGUUGCUUGUGAAGCUGCAUCUGCCUUAGCUGCUGCCUCAAUAGUUUUCAAAUCUGCAAAUGCAGACUAUGCAGCCACUUGUUUAGAACAUGCUAAAACUUUAUAUAAUUUUGGUGAUACACAUCGUGGUGUCUAUUCUGAUGUUGUUACAAAUGCUAAAAGUUUCUACAACUCUUGGUCAGGCUAUAAAGAUGAGCUUGUAUGGGGAGCUAUUUGGUUAUACAAAGCCACUGAAGAUGAAACUUAUUUAACUAAAGCCCAAGAAUACUAUACUGAAUUUGGUGUAGGUACAAUGGCCCAGUCAAACUCCCAUGAUUGGGAUCUUAAAGCUCCAGGUUGUGCUCUCUUGUUAUCUAAAAUUGCUUCAAACUCUUCUGCUGCUGCUGACUUUGAAAGUUGGUUAAAAUUCUGGCAACCAGGUGGAGGUGUUACCUAUACCCCAGGUGGUCUUGCAUGGAUUAGAGAAUGGGGUCCAGCCCGUUACGCCGCUACAUCCGCUUUCCUUGCUUCAUUAGCCGGUACUGAUGAUGGUACUAAAUUCACCAAAGCCCAAAUUUCAUACAUCUUGGGUGAUAAUCCAAAUAAACAAUCAUUUGUUGUUGGAAUUGGUCCAAACGCUCCAAUUAACCCACAUCAUCGUGCUGCCCAUCACUCUACAACCAACGAUAUUAAUAAUCCAGUUAAUAAUCUAUACCUCUUAAAAGGAGCUCUAGUUGGUGGACCAGGUUCUGAUGAUGCCUUUAAAGAUGACAGAACAAAUUACAUUUCAAAUGAAGUCGCCACCGACUAUAAUGCCGGUUUCGUUGGCGCUGUUGCCUCUUUAUGUUAA